GUUGGUUCCUGCUAUUACAUAAUUUCCGGCAGUCGUCCAUAGCAUCAAGGUGUGGAUUUUGGCGUCGUGUAUUGCUCUUUGGACUCUGACACAUUCUCCGAUAUAUAGCAACAUGAACUCAAAAGAAUUCCAGACAGCUGCUGAAGAUGUGAAGAAGCUGAAGAACAGCCCAUCCGACCAGGACCUGUUAGAGGUGUACAGUCUAUUCAAACAGGCCACGGUCGGUGACGUCAACACGGCCCGCCCUGGAAUGUUAGAUUUAAAAGGCAAAGCAAAAUGGGAUGCAUGGAACGGCAGGAAGGGAAUGAGUAAAGAGGACGCAGAACAAGCUUAUAUAACUACAGUAGAACAAAUGAAAGGAACUUAUGGAUUUUAAUGAACAAGAUGUUGGACAUAGCUCAGCAAUCAACAGCUUAGUGAUCAAGUGGCAUAGUCAUUGGUGUUCAUAGACAACUCUAAGACUCAGUUUCAUAUGAAUGUUAUAAGUGUUUUAUACUAUAAGUACCGUGAUUUAAUGUAGUCAAUCAUGUUAAUCAAUGCCCUAGUAUGGAAAAUUUUGUCUACAAUUUUUGGAGUAACUUUUUGUUUUGUAGAUAUUUUAAACAUUGAAUAUCUGUUUUAUAAAAAAGGUUUCAAAAAGCUUACAGUUUUUGCUACGACUUUUACUUGAAAUCCAGAAAACAGGAUUUUUUAAUUUCCAUGUUAAGAAGAAUACUAAAUCUUCCACACAAGUGCUUGUAUGUCAAUGACAUACUCAGGCUGUAUGUAGGAUAUUUAUUAAACUAGAAAAUAAGCUACUUUAAAAAACCUUUUAAUUGAUUUUUAAACAACAUGAUACUAUCAAACUUUUAGGCGUAAUGUCUUUGUGUGUUGUUCAUUUCAUCAACAUGGUGCUUAUGAUAUAAGCAGAUGAUUCGUAUGUGAUUUAAUUUAUGAUUUGUGAUUCAUUUCCUGCACUUUUACAGCUUUUAUUAGCACUUUUUCAUUCAUUAAUUGUACAUGUUUGAUUAUUCUGUUUGAUCAUUGGUCAAAUGGAUAUGCAGUAUUAGUGAUCUCUGGGUGAAGGGCAUUUAAUUUGGUUCCACUACCCCCCCCCCCCUUUUUUUUUUUACAAUUUAAUUUAAGUACUGAAAGGCGCCUUUAAUUUUGUAAUGUAGAGUACUUUAAGAUUUAGCCAUCUUGUCGUGAUAUCGGGCAAUUUGGGCUCUGGACAUUAACGUUAACCACACUGUUUAAAACAGCAUUGUGUCAUUGUGGGAGGGAAAAAACACCAGAAAACCAUGACAAUGAUCAUUUUACUGUGAAAAUCUUUAAUAGAAGAUGAAAAUAAAUCAAGAGACUUUAUUAAA